ACAACAGUCUCACUUUUGGAGACGUGAGCGGCACGUUAUCAUACAUCCGGAUACCCCAUCAGCCCCCACCCUCCCUCUCUUUCUCUCCCUCUCUCUCUCUCUCUCUUCCCAACCCAGUCCUCUAUCAGUCCAGGUGGCAGAGCGCACUUCGGCCGUGGGAUGCAGCCUCUCAUCUCCGACACAUGGACAGCGGAGCUUGGAGCUGCCGCAGCGCGCCACGGCUCCACUAGCUGAAGACACCCAGGCGCGGAAAGGAGAGAGGAAGAGACGACCCUCCUGAGUUUGUUUGUUUUUUGUUUUGUUUUUUUUUUUAAUCUCCCUGGGACUUCAGAUAAAAGGAUAUACUCGGUCACCCUGUUUUUCUUUUUUUCUUCUUCUGCUUCUAAUCUUUUCCAACCGCAUGAGAGCAGAGCCAGUUGGGUUCAAUGCGCAACCAUGCUCAUCAUCUCGUCUCGCAGUGCGCUGCUGUCCGUCUACUACCCGCAGAUCUUCCUCAUCCUCACCAGCGGUAGCUACCUGGCGCUGUCCUCGGUGGUCGCCCUAGGCGCGAACAUCAUCUGCAACAAGAUCCCGGGACUGGCCCCCCGUCAGAGAGCCCUCUGCCAGAGUCGCCCCGACGCCAUCAUCGUCAUCGGCGAGGGCGCCCAGCUGGGCAUCAAUGAGUGCCAGUACCAGUUCCGCUACGGCCGGUGGAACUGCUCGGCCCUGGGCGAGAGGACUGUCUUUGGACAAGAGCUGAGAGUAGGCAGCAGGGAGGCAGCUUUCACUUAUGCGAUCACCGCAGCGGGAGUUGCCCACGCAGUGACCACAGCCUGUAGCCAAGGCAACCUCAGCCAGUGCGGCUGUGACCGCGAGAAGCAGGGCUACCACGACUACCAGGAGGAGGGCUGGAAGUGGGGGGGCUGCUCGGCCGACGUGAAGUACGGGGUGGAGUUCUCGCGGCGCUUUGUCGACGCCCGGGAGAUCAAGAAAAAUGCCCGCCGGCUGAUGAACCUGCACAACAACGAGGCAGGGCGAAAGAUCCUAGAGGAGAGGAUGAAGCUGGAGUGUAAGUGUCACGGCGUAUCCGGCUCCUGCACCACCAAGACCUGCUGGAUCACCCUCCCCAAGUUCAGAGAGAUUGGCUACCUGCUGAAGGAGCGCUACAUCGACGCAGUUCAAGUCGAGCCGGUCCGGGCCUCGCGGCUCCGCCAACCCUCCUUCCUGAGGCUCAAAGAAGCGCGUGGCUACCAGAAGCCCACAGACACAGACUUGGUCUACUUGGAGCGUUCGCCCAACUACUGCGAAGAGGACACAGUCACAGGAAGUACGGGAACACGGGGCCGGCUGUGCAACGGCACCUCCACCCACACAGACAGUUGUAAUGUGAUGUGCUGUGGCCGGGGCUACAACACGCACCACUACACGCGCAUCUGGCAGUGCAACUGCAAGUUCCACUGGUGCUGUUUUGUCAAGUGCAACACCUGCAGCGAGAAAUCAGAGGUUUACACCUGCAAGUAGGGAUGGAUGAAGCGGGAGAGUGGCUGGGGAAGAUGGACAGUGACUGAAGACAAGAGGGGUUAUGAUAAAGUGGAAUUUGAAGUGAAGGACUUGGAAGUAUUUAUUGAACAAUUUGCACAUUUUUACAUCCUAUUUUGGAAUUCAUUUAAGAAAGAAAAAACAGACUCGAGGAUUGGGAGAGGAUCGGAAUAAAAGAGACACAAGUGAUUAAAAAAAAUAAUAAUUCUACCACGCUGGUACAAAACUGUGACAAAACGCAGCAUGUUGCAUUGAAGGGAUGUGAUUUUCUGUUUUUCUUGCCUCCAGCAAGGCAAUGUUUGGAAGACAACAUCUUGUAAAGAUGUCGCUUACAGAUGUCUCACGCAAGAGGAACAAAAACAGCAAAGACUAUUGUUGGAUCUUGAGAAGACUUUUGUUACACGGCAACUGGAAAAGCUAUGAUAGCAAGAACGCUUCAGACUGCAAUGCAGGAGGACAGGGUUGGAUGACGGCAGUGAAAUACUUUUAACUGUACACUCACACUGUAUUCUGUUCGAACACUGAAAUUAAACAAAAUUAUUUAUGUAUUUCAAACCUUAAGUCUUAUAGGACAGUUUUAACAUUUUUCCUCUUUUAUCAUCUUCAGUUGCUACUGAUACAUUUCAAGCUGGAGUCACAUUUACAGCCACUAAACAGCAAAAAUCCUCUGCUAUUUCAUUUUGUAUCCAUUAUCAUUUGUCGGUGCCAUAUUUUGGCUAUAGUUAUUUUUCCUUGCACUCACAUAUUCACAUUUUUCUCUUUUUCAUGGGAUAUCAGUAAUUUGAGGGUUGUGCUGUCGAGUGCUGUGCUGACAUCUCUCUCAUGGACAUGGCCCCCCCCACCAUCCACCGAGCUCAGAGCCUUUGUUACGCCAAGAGUCAAACAGGCAGAAAAUACCCCCAAACUAUUUUAAGCGCCCAACCUGUCAGUUCGAAACGGCACUUUCCAUCCCGACCAUGUUCACUGUUUUGUUUACGGAGGGCUCUCGACUUCUGAGAAAAGCAUGUAAGCCUCAUUGGAACUCCAUAGAGGUGCAAUCAGGUUCAGAUACAUCCAACAUUCCCAUGAACAGCAGAGACGUGGAAUUCCACAUGGUGGCCUCUGCUUACACAAGGCCUUCCAGCGCGGUUAAGGCCUGCCUGGGUGGAUGGCAUGUGCCCUAACCACACAGAAGGGGGUAUGAGAGGAUCAAAGGCCUCAAAAAGCUAUUUUUGGACAGCACCCUUAAUGUAUUCAGAAAUGUUUAUUUAGGCUUUAUAUAACUUACAAAACAAUUUGAAGAGUAUAUUUUUAUAUGAGGAACGUGGCACUUUAUGUCAUUUAUAGAUGGGAAGGAAAGUCACUAUUUACAAGUGUUUUCUAAUGUCAUUGUUUUCAGCUUUGAGAGCUAUAAAUUAUUUGGAAUUUAUGUCUUUGGAUCAAAGUUCCUGAACUGUAAAUACUCCACGUGUUUUGCCAAAGUAGCCCAGAUUGUCUCUCUCCAUGUGUUUCCCUCACAAUUCGACGUAGCUCAUUGCCGAGUGAUUCAUUAAGUGUUGGAAAGUUGAGGAAAUUUUGUAGAAACCACUGUGUAUUUGAGCAAAUGCAUGGAUAAUUAAUAGGAAGCUUUUCCGAUCGACCAGAUUUCUAUGUUUCCAGUUGUCUUCAUUGCCUUUUCAGUAAACGGGAACAGCUGACUGCAUCCUUGAAGCGUUGAAGCUGUGACUUCAGAUACAGCUAACUGAAGUUUCUUUAUUUGUUCUGUGGCAAAAUCAAAGUCUGCUUCACUCACAAACAUGGACGGUUGUAUUUUUUCUUUUUUACCAAUAAAAUUUGAGCAUCCUUUUUUUAACGCUUCUUGAGCUUUAUGUCACGUGUGGCCUUUACUGGCUUUAUCAAAAACAUUACAAACAGCUUUUUUUUCCACACACACAUACUUUAUUAGCAUUAUAUAAACAUUAUUUCAUCCAAACAUCAGUAUAUAUUUUACACCCUGACAAAGUUUUUUUUUUUUUUUUGCAGAAGGCCAGUAGAAAUCCAGAAGGCACCAAUACAAUUUAGUAGAGGCCUGUGGUAGAAAACGCUGAUAUGGGAAACGCAAAAACUUCUGGCCUCGACUGAUGUGGCGCUAAUGUGUUAGGAGGUGAGCGCACGGCCGCGGCUAUGCUACCUCAUUCAGCCCGGCUGACUCGCACAGCCUCUUUCCUGUGGGGCUGAAAAGCAUUGCAGCCAGUCAGUCGAGCGCAAGUAACGGCUGUUUUGUUAGCCGUCUGAAAUCCUGGGGACCGGAACCGCAUAAGCUCCCUUCACUAUGCCGGCGGAUUGAGCGGAGAGUCCAGCCGAUUGUUUCAAUACAUUUUGUCAUUAAAAAUCAGUGGCAGAGCAAACAGGGUGGAGCAGGGCGUGGGCCCGGCCAGCAAAGCACUGCAUUGUUGAGGUGUCAGGACCGUUCAGCUUAUCCAGCAACGGGAGGAGCAGGGAGGGAUGUCAUUCUGCCAACUAAUGCUUCUGGUCUGAUUCACUCACUCACUCACACUUCGGAUGUACACUUUUAGUAUGCUCUCAUCCGUCGUCUGCUAAUCCAGGAUUACUAUCUCUUUUCAAAAGAAGCGCACACACGCAAACACACAGCUACAGCUAAGUAUAAAGUACAGUAUUCACUAAAUCUCUAAGAAGGACUGUGGAGUCUGGUAAAACUCAUAGAUAGCUUGUGCAGAGCGAAGAGAGGCAAUUUAAGGUGUAAAACAUGUUAUGAGUUUAAAGGUGGUUAAUGAUGUAUGAUGCAUGCCGUAAGCUCUCAUGCCUUAUUUAGUCCUAAUACUUUGCAAUAGGGAAGAAAUAGAGGAUUUAGAAUAUGAUGGAGAAGAAUAAGAUGACAUUCACUGAACUAUGUUGAAUAUAAAGCGCACUACUGUUAUGACCUUAAUACAGGAAGCUUUGCAAAAGCAAGCAGAGAUGCAGCUCAUACGUAGUCCUGUCACCAUAAUUAAUUCAUCAAUUUAUUGUAAAUAUUAUCUUAAAUAUCUUACUGACUUAUAGAUAUACAUAUUUGCAGUAUAUUUCCUGUUAAGGAAUGAAUGACUAUUCAUCUGAGGCAAAUGUUUAACAUAAAUAGUGGAUUUUUGUUAGCAGAGAGUCUUACUAGUUUUACUAAUAGCUUUGGUUGCGUGGCUUGAUUUUAUUUAUUGGUAAGUUAUUUUGGAUAUUUCAUAUUUUGAUGUUAAGAUUAAGAAUUAAAGGUUCAUUGCUCUAUAUUGCUCAACAUUAUAUCAGUGGCAUUAAAAGCAUUUAACAUAGCAAUAAUAUUGUUUAUCACAAUUAUUUCUGGGACAAUAUAUAGAAAAGUAGUUAUUGUGACAGGCUUACUCAGACUGAGCAUUGUUUUUAAAUUACAAACAUGCAUAGCUUCAGUUAUUAGUUUUUAGUAUUGCAUUCUGCACUUAGCUGCCCUUAUAUUACUAAUACCUGUUUAAAUAAGCAGUUAUUUGAAGCGUUUGAAUGAGAAUAAAAGUGUCUCUGUCCCUCUGGCAAAGACACCGCCCAUAGACUAGGUAAGGCGGUGAGGGGGUUGAUUACAUCAUAUUUUGGUCAUUCUCUGUUUCGCAGUUACUGCGGCAGAAGUCACUAUGGGCCUGAGAUUAAACCCCAACCCCUGCUGGUAACAUCAGUGUCUGUGAAAGUGAAAAGCCCAGACACUGUGGUGCUCUUUGUCUUUGGAUUAAAACACAAAGAAUCGGCCUUGCCAAAAGGUACCAGCAGGCGCUCGCCGUUCCAACACUCUUCAUUUCCCACACCCGGGUCAAGACAAAACAAGACCGCCUGCUUCUUUACCAGGGGACCCCAUGGACCUUUUGUUUAUCAAGAAUAACUUAAGCCCUAUUUGGGCAUGAGUGCAAUCAUCACU